AUGGAGGAAGAGGAAAUUCAACAUUUCAGUCAUGAUGAGCACCCUCUGAUCACGAUUGAAUUGCAGAAAAACAAUGAUAAUGGCGAUGGAGAUGAUAAGAAAGUAGAAAUCUACUACGGGUGUCAAAAUCAAAUUUUGGAGCCCACAGCAUAUUGUUGCUUCAGCUGCAAUUUCUUUCUCCACAAACCAUGUGCAGAAAUUCCUUUGCAGAUUACUCAUCCGAUGCAUCCCCAGCAUCCAUUAGUGCUCCAUAGGGAGCCACCUUAUUCUUCUGGUAGUUGUACUUGUGAUGCUUGUGGCCAAAAGGGUUGGAAGUUUUUCGCCUACAGUUGUUCCUUGUGCAAAUUUGAUCUCGAUAUAUCGUGUGCUUCUCAAGACCGGUUUGCUAGAGAAGGACAAUCAGAUUUCGGAGAUCCAGGCAGACAUUUGGUCAAACUGCCCUCCAAUGGUGCAGCCCAAAACUUGAUCAAACUUUCUCUUCUUCACUGCAGCAUUACUAGCAGUCUCAGAAAAAUUAAUACCGAAGAAAAGAUAGUAGUAUCUACGCACAAUCACCCACUUGUUCCAUCCAAGAUGAUGCUAACCAAGCAUGAGAUUAAUAGUGCUACUGCUGAUCAAGAAGAAGCAAUACUAUCAAUUUGUGACUGGUGUAUUGAGCCUAUUCUCUUGUUUGAUCCUCACUAUGCUUGCGCCGAGGGCGAUUACUUUCUCCAUAAGACUUGUUAUCAAUUCCCUGAUGAACUACAAACCCCAAAACAUCCCAAGCAUUUGCUUACACCGAUGACAGUAUUGGCUGUUGCUGGCAACUUUAGGUGUCAUGCCUGUCUAAAGGAGGGAAGUUGUCUCUACUAUGAAUGCAAAUCCUGUAAAUUCUACAUUUGUAUCAAGUGCGUGAGUGCGAGCUUGACAUCAGCUGUUUUGCACAAUUCUCAUAAGCAUCUCUUAACUCAGGUUGAAAACACAAAUCGGAUAACGUGCAAUGCCUGUGGCUUUGACAGAGGUAGUUUUGGAUUUAGUUGUGAAGAUUGCCAUUUUUAUUUGGACUACGAGUGUGCCCUGAUGCCACCUACAACCAAACAGAAAUGGGACGAGCAUAUGCUCGUGUUAUCUUAUCCUCCUUUUGUUGAACAUCCAGAUGAAUUUUGCUGUGUGAUCUGUGACCUCCAAAUGAAUCCCAAUGAAUGGAUGUACCACUGUCAUGAAUGUGACCAAUCGUUUCAUCCUUGGUGCAUUCCCCAGAUUCAUCAAAAUACCAAGUUUGGGCGUGCCAUGUAUGUAGAUGAGCACUCUCACCCUCUCACCCAUAUUCCCGAGGCAUAUGACGAUGCAAUCUGCCAUGGCUGUGAUAAUAGUUUUGAUGAUGGGGAAGAGGCUUUUCAAUGCACAGAGUGCAGCUAUUGUCUCCGUGCAGAUUGUGCUUGCAAAAGGGAAGUUCUAGAUCCUUGA